GCUGUCAAACCGCAUUUACGCACAUUUUUUCUUUCAUUCUUUCUUUCGCCGCCAUUUGUCAAUCCUUGUUGUCGGUUCAGAAAUCCUCUGACUAAAACAAACAAAAAUGGAGAACGAUGCUGGAGAGUUCGUCGAUUUGUACUGCCCCCGCAAGUGCUCUUCGAGCAACCGCAUCAUCCACGCUAAGGAUCAUGCCUCCAUCCAGAUUAACAUCGUCGAUGUAGACCCCGAGACUGGUCGCAUGCUGGACACGUCUAAGGUGUACGCUAUUUGCGGUGAGAUCCGUCGUAUGGGUGAAUCGGAUGAUUGCAUCGUUCGUCUGGCCAAAAAGGACGGACUACUGUCAAAGAACUAUUAAAUACAUUUAUAUUUGUAUUUGGUGGGGCAUGUGAAUAAAAUUCCGUAAACAUCCUUA